UGGGCACUGUGGUACGCAGCCAACACUGUCACCUGAUAUCUGUUUCGCAAGGCCCGAUGCCUUCCCCGCUACGGCCACGACCUAAUGAGAGAUUGGUGAAGGUCUCCAGUGACGUUGGAAUUGGGUCUGCUUCAUAUUAUCCAGAACGGCCAACUCCGACCACUACGACCGCACAAUUCAUGCCUCCAUGUUGAUCUUCUGACCGGCAGUCUUGCUCUCCAUUCCGACUGUGCCAUGUCAGACCAGUUUGUAAACUAGACCCGCUAGCACGACACAUACCAAUGCAGACCGCCUUCAUCACGCCCAGUGCAGCUUCAUGGUGGUUACUGGCUUGUCACAUAGGUAGCCGGCGAUUAGAUUCAGCGGCGCCAUGAACCAGGCCACCUCCCUCUCUCCCUCACCUUCCUCGUCCACCGAAAGACUUGCCGUUGAGUUAUCCCCAGUUAUCGAGGAGCUGAAAGGAAUCUGCGGCCAGAGCUCGAUAACACCCCACCUUGCUCUCUCAGCAACCGAAUGCUUGCUUCGUCUCCGUCACACCUUUAUCGACAAUGACCAUCCUCGAGAGGCCAAGGAUGCCUUCCGACAACUGCAAGGGUUUCAAACAUUGCUGGAUCUCAUUGAGAAGAUUUCGGUAGUUUAUGACACGGACGCUUUGUCAAAGGAGGAAGCUAAACAUCUCUUGACGCUUUGCAAAGAUGCGUUGGGAGUUUUGGCUGAGACGUUGAAAGAACAUUUUGGGAAUAAGCGAUAUUUUGCAAAAAGGAUUAUCGGUGGAGGCAAGGCUGCGCUGGAGCAGGCCCUAGCCACCUUGGUCGGGAAGAUACAAAAUGCCGAAGCUGAUACAGAGCAAUUGUACGGUAGCAUUCUGGCCGCCGCCCUCUGCCAAGAAGCAGUUGCGGGCAUAUUCGCUUCAUUAAGCACGAAGUUCCAACAAGACAAAGACUCUGUAUCUGGAAAUGACAUCCGAGUGGCCGUGGACCGAUGCAUGGGAACCUCGGAAACGGUCGAAGUACCGGAGUUCUUGGGACCAUUCCUUCGAUUGUGGCUGCUUCAGUCCUCGUCCUCAUCUGGACAUGAGAUCCAAAGAUUGGCUAUUCCUGCAUGCCUUUGUCAACUUGCUUCACAAUCUCAAAGAAACGCGGUGGCCCUACAUGCCACUGGGAUGCUAACGUCGAUACUCCCGCUCUUAUUCAGCGAUAGUCGCUCCAAAAUCGAGAGAACACUUUAUCGGGAGCUUGCACAGCUCCUUUGCGUUCAGGGAAUGAGCAACUUGGAUGAUGCCGUCGUUUUGUAUCGUCAGGCACACGGUAGUCCUGAGGUUUUGCAGUUUCUCCUCAAUGUUCUCAAGCGGUCAAAAGAACCGCCAUCGAUACACUUCGAUAUGUCCCUCCAUGGGUUUUGCUCUUUAGAAUUCUCGACAAUUGGUCGUUCAUUUCCGCCGGUGACUUCCUCCGGCUAUACCGUAGCAGUAUGGGCACGCUUUGACGAGUUUGAUUCUAGCACCCAUACAACGAUAUUCGGGGCAUUCGAUGCCAGUCAAACCUGCUUUCUACUCGCGUAUCUUGAGAAAGACACCCGCCACUUGAUUUUGCAAACUUCGAUCAGGGGAGCUCGUCCUAGUGUUCGAUUCAAGUCAUUGACCUUCAAGCCCAAUCGUUGGUACCACAUUUGUGUGGUUCACAAGAAGCCACGACCACCGUCACAUUCCCGGGCAUCUUUAUUUAUAGAUGGCGAAUUUAUGGAGCAAGUGAAGAUAGAUUACCCGUCUGUGCCCGUUGCAGCUGCUCCGCAUAGAUCACCUCGAGUUCAAGCUUUCUUUGGCACCCCUCAAGAUCUGGCAAUGAGACUUGGGAGGGGGGUGUCGAAAUCUCGGUGGUCCCUAGCAAACGCCAUACUUUUUGAUGAGGCCUAUAGUGAUGAUAUGAUUUCUAUUUUCUAUAAUCUUGGACCACGAUAUUACGGCAACUUUCAAGAUUGCCUAGGCUCUUUUCAGACCUACAAAGCGUCUGCUGCUUUGAAUCUUCGAAAUGAACACCUGCAUCCUGGCAAAGAAGAGCUUUCGGAAAUUAUCACGGCUAUCCGACGGAAAGCGAGCGUUCUAGUCCGUGAAGCGAAUAUCCUGAUCAAUAUUUCUUCAAUAUCGGUUCUGGAUGACGAUGACAGUAACAAUGUUGAUGAGUCUCAGCUUGUCAAAUCGCUCUCCAAACACGCUGCCAAAAACCUGCAGCACUUAACCAAAACUGGCGGGAAUGCUGUAGCAGUGAAUGGUGCCACGCCUGCAAUUAAUGAUGCUUUGACCCAGGCCCAUGGAGUCGGCAUUCUAACUGGCGAUCCUGUAGUCGCCGUCCCACAUUCUUUGGACGAUGCGAGCUGGCGUAUUGGGGGCUGCGCAGCAGUGCAUCUGAGCUUGGUACAGGCGGCCGACACUGCGACUUGUAUCCGUCUUGCAGUAGAAGCACUUUAUGAAGCUGUCCAGGACAACUGGAGGAACAGCGAAGCAAUGGAAAGAGAGAAUGGUUACGGUAUACUGGCUGCAUUGUUGCGUGAAAAACUUGGAUUCUCUAUGGGCAACUAUUCUAAAACAACCGUUGUUUGUUCGAAUCAUGAAGAGCGGUCUGCUUUGACUCUUGAGCUCCUCAAGCUCACUGUCAAAUUUGUGGGCUAUGACUUCGAGCAUCCAAAUCGCUCUAUCAUCACGAACCCACUCGCAUACCGAAUCUUGCUUGUGGAUCUGGAUAUCUGGCGUUUUGGCGAACUCCCCCUGCUUGAAUUGUACUAUUCUCAAUUCCGUACAUUUUCUACAGAGAGCCAGUUCCGUCGCUUCAAUGCGAAACGACUUGCUCGGAUGCGUGUCACUAAGAAGCUGCUUGAGGCUUUGAAGGGAGAAGAGUUUACUCAAGAUGCGUUGCAUCUUUUCACAUCUGCCUUCCAGUCUCUCAUGGAGAGCUGCCUUUCUGCAGAUUUACUUCGGUCCUUGGCUCUCUUCAUAACAUACGCCAUUCACAAACCUAAACCACCAAGCAGACUGCAGAAAAAGAAGAGUCUUCGGUUCGCCACCAACCCCCUGUAUUCAGCAACCUCUGGCGAUAAACCGCAGAAGCCUGUUUCAAGCUCGGUUCUGGCGAUCGAGAUGCUUCGAAUGUACUGCUCAGUUCUCUGUAAUCCACAUGACCUGACGCCGCUGAAGAAAUUUGCCAGAGCUGUGACGAAUAAGUGGCUACUCUACCUGAUGUGUGAGGACGAACCGGAAAUUGUUGUCUUUGCAACUAAAAUACUAGCCCGAUUAAUCGUUAUUCACGGUAGUAGUUAUAGCAAAAAACUUGCUGAAAAGACUGGAGGGUACAUCAUAAUGCGCCAUCGCCUGAAAAGGUGGUGGAAUAUUCCUGCUCUAUGGCCUAUCUGCUUCGCUAUCUUGUUUGGACUGGAUGUGGGACUCGUGAGCGUCAGUAGUCCAUUCGAUCGUUAUAAUCUCUUGGAGGCACUCUUCUCUGGUAGCGAGCCAAGGGUCGUUGUUCCCGAAAUGAUUCCAGUCAUCACAGAAAUGAUGCGGAGCAGUCUAAAGAGAGCAGUCUUGGCGAACGAGAUCCCAGAGACGAAUAUGCAGAGCCCGAGCCUUAUGCAGGAGCACUUGGACCGGUUUACCAAACCUUCCAUGUCUUUCUCUAAACCUGUACUCAAAGCGAUUGAAGGGAUCUCACUUCUUGCUGCAGUUGUGGAUCUUUUUGCUGCGCUACAUGCGAAAUUUGAAAGCUUUCGUGAAUUUGCAGCACAAUCCACUUAUACACAAGAGUUACUGUUUGUGCUAUUUCCAACCGUUGUUGGAUCAGAUGGAGUCAGCGCAGAAAUUGAACUCAAUUCUCGUGAUGGUGGGCUUAGCUUGGAUAGCAGCAAUCUGCCCAGUCGCCCACGCUCAAGUACAGCGACGGUAUUACGUACGACCACAGUUGAUGAGACGGACACUCGUGAUGACAAUGGUCAUUCACUGAAACGUGGAUCAUCAUUUAUCCUUGUUUCAUCAGACAAGGGAAAGUACUUGCCAUCGUCUGCACGGAUUCGCCAUGCUUUUACCUCAACCAAUAAUGAAGAGAAUGGAGGGGCCAUGGAUCAUCCUAUCACUACGAAGAUUCUCGAUAUCGUCUUGACUGUCUUCACAGAUCAGCUGCUUGAGCGGAAAGAAUUCUCUGGCUUGGGCCUUUAUCUCAAGACGCCCUCUGGGUUUUUGGAACACCAGGCUAGUUUCAAUUCCUGGCUGCUAAAAGGCUUUCUUUCGGCGUUGCAGGACGUACUGUCUUCAAAGCCUGAGCUUCUUCAAGAACCGCGUACGCUUACUAACCUGGGUCGUUUUGCAAACCAUAUAGGGGAAGCAGUGUAUGAGGGUUGGUUUAUCGAUGGCGCAGUUCCAAGUUUGGAAUUUGUGGGGACCGUUUUAGAGUAUCUUCAGCGGCCAGACGUCUCCAAUUUGAAGAGCAUUCGACUUUGUAGCCAGGCAAUUGCCACGAUUCAGUCAACGCUAUUUCGCGCUGUGCUACUUGGCCUGACUGAGUUGGAGAGCACAGAGGCGCUGUCUUUUUUGAAGCGUCUUACAUACUGGCAAGUGGUGCUUCUUCAUGCAGGAGAGGCUCAGUCUGAAUACCUGCAGCUGCUGUGCUACCAGCUUUACACAAUGUUGAUCAGUGACAAAGAGGAUAUACGAUUAGCUGCGGCAGGUCUCUGGCGGAUAAUUCUUGUGCAGAAACCUACCGAGAUGUCCACGCUGUUAAACCAUGGGGCCCCUGAUCUGCAAACAAGACUCUCUGGCGGCUUCGAGGCUCUUGUUGGCAUGGAAGAUACUGCCUUUUUGCAAUGGGUUGAUAAUGAGCGAGAUGAUCUCGAUGCUCUGUUCUUUGGCGUCCUAUCCAAAUCUUGGGAAAGCUUUGUUCAAGAAGAAAACACGACUAUUAGCGAUUCUGCCCGAGGCCGAAUUUCUAAGCGACACGACAAACUAAAGCAGUGGAAACAAUCCGAGACACUCAGCGAAGAAAUAAUCCAUAAGCAUGAGAUUACUUUUCCACAUUGGGUAUCGAACAUAACAGCUUCCGAGUUCUUGAAGUAUCAAAGAGUUCUCCAAGAUCAGCAAGAUAACUCUGUGUUCAUGUGGUCUGCCUUUUCUCGUUUAUCUAUGGACCUACGUCGUUACGGGGGCAUACUUGCCGAAGAUAAGGAAAGAAAAUGGCGUCUUGACGAGACCGAAGGACGAAGUCGGAUGCGGCUCCGGGUUGUCCCCGAUGAUUCGGGGGAGCGUCAAGAUUAUCAACCCAAAAGAAAGGCGUCAGAGCCCCCGGCGAUCAAGAUCGACACAGAUGUUCAGCCAGCCUCCAAUAGUGAAACUGUUGGUUUGACCCCUACGGUUAUGACGGCUGAAGCUGCAGAGAACAGUGCUCAAGGCGUCGAUCCAGACAGCAAGAGUGUCCUUGAAGAGGGAUUUGAGAUGGUUGAUGAUCCCAAAGCCGACCUUGAGGAUUACGAAGAUAAGAAUAGAAAGGUAAUGAGGAGUCUGCACCGCGGCGACCAAGUCCAAAACGUCUGCAACAUGUCUCGUAUCAUUGGCCUAGAGGCAUGUGAGGGUCUUCUAAUUCUGGGGAAGGACAAUGUCUACAUUCUAGACAACUUUUUCCAGAGAUCCGAUGGUGAAAUUGUGAACGUUUGGCAAGCUCCACCAGAUGAACGAGACCCAUUUGUUCGUAUGAUUGCCGGUAGAGAGUCAAACGAGCGUAGGCCACAAGAACAUGACACCAGGAGUUGGAAAUGGUCGGACUUGGUCAGCAUUUCCAAACGGAGAUUUCUGUUCCGAGAUGUGGCGCUCGAGAUCUUCUUUACAGAUGGCAUCAGCUACCUAUUAACACUCAUCUCCUCAAAAGCCCGAGAUGAUCUGUGUAGUCAGCUCGCUUCCAAGGCUCCCCAGGUUACUGGAAGCGUUGGCCAUUCAAGACCAGAGGACAUUUGGAGGUUUGAGACUCUCCGAAGCCAGGAGGACGAACCACAGUCACUUGGAUCAAAGUUUGCCAGUGUCUUUGGUCAUGCACCGGUUCACCCGGCUACGCGGAAAUGGGUCAAGGGUGAAUUAUCCAAUUUCCACUAUCUCAUGCUGAUUAACACCCUUGCCGGAAGGACAUUCAACGAUUUGACGCAAUAUCCAGUUUUUCCGUGGGUAAUUGCAGAUUAUACAAGCGAUGAAUUGGACUUGACAAAUCCCAAAACAUUCCGUGACUUGACCAAACCUAUGGGAUGCCAGACCUUUGAACGAGAGACCGGCUUCAGAGAGCGAUAUAAAGCAUUCGCCGAGAUGGGUGAUGAUGAUGCCCCGCCAUUUCAUUAUGGCACUCAUUACUCCUCUGCAAUGAUUGUUAGCUCAUACCUUAUUCGUCUCCAGCCAUUCGUGAAAUCUUAUCUCCUUCUUCAAGGCGGUACAUUUGAUCACGCUGAUCGCCUUUUCUAUUCUGUUGGGAAGGCUUGGGACUCGGCCUCCCGUGGAAACAUGUCGGACGUUAGAGAACUGAUUCCCGAGUUCUUCUAUCUUCCGGAGUUCCUCGUCAACUCGAACAAAUACGAGUUCGGUCUUUUGCAGAACAUGACAACUGCCAUUGAUUCAGUGGAACUUCCUCCGUGGGCUAAGGGUGACCCAAAGAUCUUCAUUGCGAAACAACGUGAAGCGCUCGAAAGCCCAUACGUGACAAAUAAUCUGCAUCACUGGAUUGACCUUGUAUUCGGUUCUAAGCAGAAAGGGGAGGCUGCAAUUGAAGCCGUCAACGUUUUCCAUCACCUGUCAUACCAGGGGGCAAAGGAUGUGGAUAAUAUUGAUGAUCCUGUUGAACGACUGGCGACAAUCGGUAUCAUACACAAUUUCGGGCAGACGCCCCAUCAAAUCUUCAACCGUCCUCAUCCACAAAGGGAAGAUCAGAAAAACAAGGUUGCAAGAUUGGAUCGCCUUGCCGAAUCGCUUACACAGCUUCCUCUUUCCCUGCUCGAUAUUGAGGAGCGAGUAUCAUCCUUGUCAAUGAAGCAAGACCGUCUUCUAUGCACCGCUGCCUUCAGACUUAACAUUCCCCCAGCGUACGACAAGUAUAUGGAAUGGGGAUUCUUCGAUGGCAGUAUCAGGUUUUACUCGGCGGAAAGUCGAAAGAUUCUUGGUCACUUUGAACAUCUACAUAUCGGCCAGCUUUCUUCUGCAGUCUUUGCGGACUCACGCACGCUGGUCACAUCAGGGACCGACUGUACGAUUUCUAUUUGGACGUUCUCCUCCACUCCCAGAUCUGUGGACUUGCAACCUGAGGGGUCUCUCUUUGGACAUCGCUCACCUGUCACGGUCCUCGCGGUUUCACGGUCCUUCAGCACCCUUUUGUCCGCAUCGUUGGACGGGCAGAUUAUGCUCUGGGAUCUUAAUAGACAAGGCUUCGUGAGAGAGCUCCCAGCAAAUGGGCCAGUAGACUGCGCCCGAAUCAACGAUGUCAGUGGGGAUAUUAUGGUCUGCCGCGGCAAUCGCAUCAGUCUGUAUACCCUGAACGGAACGCUUUUGCUGGAACAGGUGGCUUGUGAAGCGCCCGAUGAUUACAUCAUGGCUUGCGUUUUCUACGAGGGUGUCAACAAUGAGUGGCAGGAGCGUGAACUGCUGUUUACUGGCCAUAAGAGAGGAGUCGUCAAUAUCUGGACCAAGGCCAUUAAAGACGGGCGUUUCGAACUGGAAUUGAUACGGCAACUUCAUCAUAUUGAUAACAACCGUGACAACGGAGCCAAUAUCUCCGCGGGGAUCAGCUGCAUUCUUGCGCUUCCGCAUGUUGUAUAUACGGGGGAUGAGGCGGGAAGAGUGUAUGAGUGGAAUUGUUUACUUAAGUAGAUGGGUUUGCUAGGCAAGGUUUAACAGUUAUGAGCCCGGAAGAUUUCAUUUUCUACUUUUUGUCCUAGGGUUUGGAGUGGACUAUGAGACUCGUUCAUAUAUCCACCAAGACAUGAUAGACAGGCGGUUACAGGAUAUCCAAAAGUUUGGCUUUUUCUCAGAGGAUAUUGGAAUUCAUGACUCACGAUCUUAUAUAUAGAAGACUUUUAUUAUUAUUAAAUCAGUGUAAAGUGUAGAUUGACGGUGAAAUUGACUACUGGAAUAGGAAAGCGCUGACUCG